AAAACCUUUAUUUUAAGGCAUGAAUCAUGUUGUUAGAGUUUACUUUGUCUUAUCAGUGCCAUCAUCUGACAGGACAUCAUCUUUAGUUUAUAUCAGAUGGGGUUUUUCAAACCAUGCGAGUGAUCAGAAUGUGGAAGUGUUGUUGCAGAUUUUGACUGUGUGUGCAGUAUUUUCUGACUUGAAGUAAAGCUGUAUCCUAACAGAGGAGGCCCACAGUGACUGUACUGCCAUUCUGGUUAGAACUGGAUCAAACAAGGCUGUUUUGUGACCACUUGACCAGAUAUCCUCUUUCAUCCUUUUCCUGUAUUCAAGGGAUAAACCAUCAUGAUUCCUAUCACAGAGCUCCGGUAUUUUGCCGACACGCAGCCUGCGUACCGUAUCCUGAAGCCAUGGUGGGACGUCUUCACCGACUACCUCUCGGUGGUCAUGCUGAUGAUCGCGGUGUUCGGCGGCACGCUGCAGGUCACGCAGGACAAGAUGAUCUGCCUGCCCUGCAAGUGGGUGGUCAACAAGUCCUGCGAGACCAUGCCGGUCCCCAACGUGAGCGCCGCCUACCCACCGGAACCGAAGGGCAUUCAGUACGACUUGGACCGGCAUCAGUACAACUACGUCGACGCCGUCUGCUACGAGAACAAACUGCACUGGUUUGCCAAAUAUUUCCCCUACCUGGUGCUCCUCCACACCCUCAUCUUCCUCGCCUGCAGCAACUUCUGGUUCAAGUUCCCCCGCACAAGCUCCAAACUGGAGCACUUUGUCUCCAUCCUCCUCAAGUGCUUCGACUCGCCGUGGACUACAAGGGCUUUGUCCGAGACCGUUGUUGAGGAGAGUGACUCAAAGCCUCAUGGGAAAAUGAACGGCUCCAAUGAUAAGAAGGCCUCCUGCGUAAGCGAGGAUGUUGAGGCCAGCGUUCCCAUGCUCCAACGAACAAAGUCCAGGAUUGAACAGGGGAUUGUGGAUCGCUCCGAAACUGGGGUUUUGGAUAAAAAAGAAGGGGAGCAGGCGAAGGCUCUUUUUGAGAAGGUCAAGAAGUUCAGGAUCCAUGUAGAGGAGGGGGAUAUCGUGUACCGCCUUUACAUACGGCAGACCAUCAUCAAAGUAAUCAAGUUUAUACUGAUAAUUAGCUACACGGCUUACUAUGUGCGCUACAUCAGGUUCAGUGUGGUGUGCACUGUGAACAUCCAGAAGCUAACAGGCUACAGCACCUUCUACUGUGCUCACCCGUUAGCCACUCUUUUCAAGAUUUUGGCGUGUUUCUACAUCAGCCUGGUGGUGGUUUACGGUCUGAUCUGCAUGUACACUCUCUGCUGGAUGCUCAGCCGCUCCCUCAAGCGAUACUCCUUUGAAUCAAUCCGCGAGGAGAGCAGCUACAGAGACAUCCCCGACCUGAAGAACGACUUUGCCUUCAUGCUGCACAUGAUAGAUCAGUACGACCCUCUCUACUCCAAGCGCUUCGCCGUGUUCCUGUCCGAGGUGAGCGAGAACAAACUGAGGCAGCUGAACCUAAACAAUGAGUGGACGCUGGAGAAACUGAGGCAGCGCAUCACCAAGAACUCGCAGGAGAAGCUGGAGCUGCACCUCUUCAUGCUCAGCGGGAUCCCAGACACUGUUUUUGAUCUGAUCGAGCUGGAAGUGUUAAAGCUGGAGCUCAUCCCUGAUGUCACCAUCCCACCAAUCAUAGCCCAGCUCUCCAACCUCAGGGAGAUGUGGCUCUAUCACACGCCGGCUAAGAUUGAGGCUCCAGCUCUUGCUUUCCUGCGAGAGAACCUCAAGUCCCUUCACAUUAAGUUCACAGACAUCAAGGAGAUCCCCCUGUGGAUCUACAGCCUGAAGAACCUGAACGAGCUGCACCUCACCGGGAACCUUAGCGCGGAUAACAAUCGCUACAUCGUCAUCGAUGGGCUACGGGAGCUCAAAAGGCUCAAAGUGCUGCGUCUGAAAAGCAACCUGACCAAGCUGCCGCAGGUGGUGACGGAUGUGGGCGUGCACCUGCAGAAGCUCUCCGUCAACAACGAGGGCACCAAGCUGAUGGUGCUCAACAGCCUGAAGAAGAUGGUGAACCUGACGGAGCUGGAGCUGGUCCGCUGCGACCUGGAACGCAUCCCACACUCCAUCUUCAGUCUGCACAACCUGCAGGAGAUCGACCUGAAGGACAACAACCUGAAGACCAUCGAGGAGAUCAUCAGCUUCCAGCACCUGCACCGCCUGGUGUGCCUGAAGCUGUGGUACAACCAGAUCGCUUACAUCCCCAUCCAGAUCGGCACGCUCACCAACAUGGAGCGGCUGUAUCUGAACAGGAACAAGAUCGAGAAAAUCCCCAGCCAGCUGUUUUUCUGCCGCAAGCUGCGCUUCCUGGACCUGAGUCACAACAAUCUGACCAGCAUCCACGCUGACGUGGGCUUCCUGCUGAACCUGCAGUACUUUGCUGUCACAGCAAACAGGAUUGAGACGUUGCCCCCGGAGCUUUUCAAGUGCAAGAAGCUUCGUACUUUAAACCUGGGGAACAACUGUCUGCAGACGCUGCCGUCGCGCUUCGGCGAGCUGACGGGGCUGACGCAGCUGGAGCUGAGGGGGAACACACGCCUGGAGUGUCUGCCCGUGGAGCUGGGCGAGUGCCGGCUGCUGAAGAGGAGCAGCCUGGUGGUGGAGGAAGAUCUGUUCAACACGCUGCCUCCGGAGGUCAAGGAGCAGCUAUGGAGGGCCGACAAGGAGCAGGCCUGAGAGAAGUCUGACUUUAGGAAGUCAUCAAGCAGUGAUUUUGGUUUGUAAAUCCUUAAGAAGUUUGCAGCCAUGUUUUCUUGGCGGUGCUCGGGAUGUCAAAUAUCCUCCGAGGAUGUGUUAUUGGAAGUUGCCAAGGAAAGAUGGCUCAGUGAGGUGGCUUUUCUAAUAAUAUACUGAAUACAAAGAUGCAAAGAAGGUGAUGUUGAAGAUGCCUGCAACUCAAGGACGUUGCCUAAGAACUCCUGUUUAUGUAAAGGCAGGGAAACCUUGAUCAUGCUAUCAUUUCAGCCAUGUUUGUCGACGGUGCUUGGGAUGUAGCAUUUCCUCCGAGGAUGUCUUUUUGAAUCAUCAGGAGAAAUAUUGCCAAUGACGGAUAGUAUAAUAAUAUGUGUUUUCUGUAACGCCAUCCUGAAUCUGAAGCUGCAAGGAUGAAAGCAGAUGAUGGUAAACAUGCAUGCUACUGAAAGACCUCGCUAAAGAAAACCUGUUUAUGAAAGAGAACCAAAAAACUGCAAGAUUCAGCCUUGCUCACUAGUAUCACUUUUUUUGCUGAUCAUGGGAUACAUGCACAAAUCAAACGUGCUCACAGCAGUGUUUGCCUUCCUCUGGCCUUGAGACUCAAAAUAUGAACAUUUUUACAAACGACAUUUGCAGUUGCAGAACUCUGGCAGAUGUCAGUAAAUGAAUGAUAGUGCGACUGACAGCCAAUCUGUGAGACAUGAAGGUUUUUCUUCAGACUCUAAAACCUACGUCCAUCUACGCCCUUUUUGUAUGCGAUCAAAGUGACGGAGAUCAUCAGCUGAUCACACAGCCAAGGCCUUAACUUGAAGGACUCAUUCAAGGACAUGAAGGGAAACGGGAACAUGUCUACAGUACAAUGUCUAAACCCUGCAGUUGUUAAUAUAUAACGCAGUGGUGGAGGAAUGCCUCUUUCUUCUUCGACUUUUCAUUUUGCUUCUCUAUCAAAUCAUGUCUUAUUUAGAAAUAUUUAAUUUGCAUGACAUCGCACACAAUACUAGUGUAAAGUGUGUUGAAACAAACCUUUUUUUUCACUUCACAAUACUUAUAUGGUACUUUUUAAAUGCUACAACAUAUUGGUAUUCAUCCCAAAUGUAAGAAAAACACAGCCAUUGAUUUGUUGUUUUUCGUUGAAGACUUUACUUUCAGACUCCUUGUGAAACAUAUAGCUGCAGUCAAAGAUCUUAAGUGACCUUUGUUCAAGUGAAGGCUGAUAAAUGUUGCUUCACUGUCUCGAUUGUAAAAACACGAGGUGUCCCCUGCUGACAGGAAGUCCCUGUGUUAAAGGUACAGGGUCAAACACAUCCAGAAAACUCCCUUUUAUUCUUGAUUGAUGUGUCUUUGUUCAAAGGACAGUUCAUCCCAAAACCAGAAAUACAUAUUUGACCUCUUACCUGUACAGCUAUUUAUCAAUCAUCAUUAUUUGUGUGUGAUUUGCCUGAGAUCAAUAUAAUGCAACUCAUUAGAUGUAUACGUGUUAGGCCCAACUGUUCCAAACUGUUCCAAACUGUUCCAAACUGUUCCGUCAUGAAUUAGCUAACAACAGCUUUUGAAGUUUAUCUUGAGUAGAGAUAUCCUUGAAAAGCCUUUAAUUUAACCAAAAAACAAGGCAUUCAUUUGUCAAAUAAAUUAAUAUUUCAAAAAUG